UAGCAAGCAGAAGUCACUCAUUUCAUGUGUUGUGAAGCUAUAGCGAGGUUCAGAAAUGCAACCCAUCUAUGAAGAUAUGAGUCUUAAACUGGACAAAAUGGACAGUAGUGAAAACUAUCAUUCUCCAACAGGACCACAAGCAGUGGAUAAUGACUAUGUGAACAUGCAGCAGCUGCAUCCAAAGACCAAAACAUGCACAGCUUCAUCUGGUUGCAAGGUCGUCAUAUUUGCUCUUGGUCUUCUACUGCUUGGAGCUUUAGCAUCACUCUGUGCUGUAGGGAUCUUGUAUCACAGUAAAGUUGCUUCCAUAUUAAGGGAGAGACAUGACAAUGCUACAUCCAAACUGAUGGGGAUAAAAUACAAAGCCACUGAGACACAAAGAUUGUAUGAAGAACUGAAGGUGAAGAAUCAUGAGUUUGUCUCUGCAUGCAGUGAGACAAAACAACUGAAUAAAAUGCUGAAGGCGAAAUAUCAGCAAGUUCAUGAACGUCUCUCGGCAUGCAGUGCAAAACAAACCUGUACACUUUGUGAGGAAGGAUGGAAGACUCUUGGUUUAAAGUGUUACUACUUCUCCACUGAUAAACUGAACUGGACACAGAGUAGAGAUUACUGUGUGGAGAAAGGAGGCCACCUGGUCAUUAUAACCAGCCAAACUGAACAGGAGUUUGUAGUUUUACAAAUCAGAGAAACACACUGGAUUGGCUUAAAUGACUUAGAGACUGAGGGACAGUGGAUGUGGGUCAACAACCAGUCCUUAAACGAGACCGGUGUAACGUUCUGGUAUAGAUCUCCACAGGGAAUAAGUGAGCCUGAUAACUGGAAAGCGGAGGACCCUACUGGAGAGAAUUGCACUGCUCUGGGUCAUGAAGUGGGUAUCACAGAUAAAUGGUUUGAUGCUUCGUGUCGUAAGCUGAAACAAUUCAUCUGUGAAAAAUAUGUGUAUUAGAAUUGCCCGCAAUCCAUUUGCGUUGUUUCCAAACCACAUUUCAGACAUGUAUUUCUGCUCUAAAAUUUUCUGAUUUCAUUCAUAUUUCUAUUACUAUUUAAGUCGUUGAACACCGUUAUCCCAAAAUAUAUUUCUUCUCUCUCAUUUAUAUUUAACACCUUUACAUAAUUAACUUAAUUUGUCAUUGAUAUGUAUGUAUUAAUUGAGGAGUGUGCAUGUGCUGGAUUAAAUGUUAAGUUGCUUAACCAUUAAGAAAUAUUUAAGAACUAAUAAACAUUUAGAUGGUUUUAAAAUGUAAUAUGUGUGUUAUUUAUUAUAGAUUUACAUUAUGAAAGUGUUUAACAACAUUGGGUUAUGGACUGCAACAGAAAAUCAGUAAA